AUGGCGGCUCCUCAGCAACAUGAGAAGACGACAGCCACACCUCCUAGUCCUCAUCAUGACACCGAAUCAGGCGCGGACCCAACGUCAACCGACAAAGACAUAGCAAUCGGCCUCGUCGGCGAACAUGCCCAAGAUAUCGAUCCAGAAACCGAAGCAAAAGUGCUCCGAAAGAUCGAUUUGUUCCUUAUCCCUGCCAUGAUCGUGGGAUAUGGUCUUGUCUACUAUGACAAAGCGAUUCUCGGUUCCGCCGCCCUCUUCGGCAUGACGGCGGACCUUUCCUUGAGCGUUGUUACAAACGCCUCCACAAAGCCCCCGACAGUCUCUACCACACGUCUGUCCUGGGCAACAUCCCUCUUCUACUUCGGAAUGCUAGCAGGCCUCUACCCUCUGACUUUUGCCCUUCAACGCUUCAACUUGGGCCGAAUCUUAGGCGCCGUCGUACUCCUCUGGUCACUAAUCUGUAUGUUGACAGCUGCGGUAACCACCCACGAGGGCUUGUUCGCACAGAGAUUCUUUCUCGGCUUCGUAGAAAGCAUUAUACCCACCGGUUUCAUGACCAUCAUAUCGUCCUACUACACUCAACGCGAGCAAUCCAUUCGACAGUCUUGGUGGUUCAGCUCAACAGGCCUCUUCACCAUCAUCGGUGGCGCACUAAACUACGGGUUCGCGCAGAUAACCUCCGGCUCCCUACGACGCUGGCAAUACAUCUACCUCCUCGCCGGCUGUCUGACAUUCCUCUUUGGCAUUUGGUGUUUCUUCAUCCCGAAUUCCUGUGCAGAAGCUUGGUUUCUCACCCCUCACGAACGCGUCGUUGCUGUUGAACGGCUCCGAAAGGGAGCCACAGGCGUCCGCUGCCAGAAAAUCAAAACAUAUCAACUCCGCGAAGCAGCCACAGAUGUCAAGUUCUAUCUCAUCUUUCUUCUGAUGGCCUCUGCAUAUACAGUCAAUGGCGCAGUCUCUGGUUUCGGACCGCUCAUUGUGAACACGUUCGGUUGGUCGACCCUCGCAUCUAUACUCUGGCAGUUUCCGCUCGGACUCAUCUGUCUCGUUACAAUACUACUUUGUGGUUACUUGUCCUCGCGAAUACCUAAUAUCCGUCUCAUCCUCCUGAUCUUGCACUGUCUCCCCGUCAUCGCAGGAUGCGCCAUGAUCUGGAAGAGCGAGUGGACGUACCAUGCGGCCACACCCGUCGCUGGAUACAGCAUUAUUGGCACGUUCGGCGCGGUUGUCAGCCAGACCAUCGUUGUGGCCAUGGCGAAUGUGAGCGGAGCAACGAAGAAGAGUGCGAUGGCUGGUACGGUGUUUGUUGCAUAUUGUGUGGGGAACAUUGUAGGCCCGUUGUUGAUCAGAAGCCAGGAGAAAGGGGAGCACUACCCUAGAUUGUGGACAGGUUUGAUCAUCUGCUAUUGUAUCACAAUCACCUCUGCUGUGGCGCUCUACGCUGUGCUUGCAAGAGAGAACAAGAAGCGAGACGCUCUGGCCGUGGAUGAAGAAGAGAGGGACAAACUUGCUUUUAUGGACUUGACGGACAAGGAGAACAUGUAUUUCAGGUACGUUCUGUGA